AUGAACCGGUACACGACCAUGAGACAGCUGGGGGACGGCACGUACGGGAGCGUGCUCAUGGGCAAGAGCAACGAGUCCGGGGAGCUGGUGGCCAUCAAAAGAAUGAAGAGGAAGUUCUAUUCUUGGGAUGAAUGUAUGAACUUGAGAGAAGUUAAGUCUCUGAAGAAACUUAAUCAUGCCAAUGUGAUAAAACUGAAAGAAGUUAUCAGAGAAAAUGACCAUCUUUAUUUUAUAUUUGAAUAUAUGAAAGAAAACCUCUAUCAAUUAAUGAAAGACAGAAACAAGUUGUUCCCUGAGUCUGUCAUCAGAAAUAUUAUGUAUCAGAUAUUGCAGGGGCUGGCAUUUAUCCAUAAACAUGGUUUUUUCCAUAGGGACAUGAAACCAGAAAACUUGCUUUGUAUGGGUCCAGAACUUGUGAAAAUUGCCGACUUUGGACUCGCGAGAGAACUGAGGUCGCAGCCGCCGUAUACGGACUAUGUGUCCACCAGAUGGUAUCGCGCUCCUGAGGUCUUGUUAAGAUCUUCAGCCUACAGCUCUCCCAUCGACGUGUGGGCUGUCGGCAGUAUAAUGGCUGAACUCUAUACACUAAGACCACUUUUCCCGGGGACAAGUGAGGUCGAUGAAAUCUUUAAGAUUUGCCAGGUUUUAGGGACUCCCAAAAAAAGUGACUGGCCAGAAGGGUACCAGCUUGCAUCCUCUAUGAAUUUCCGUUUUCCCCAAUGUGUUCCUAUAAACCUAAAAACUCUUAUUCCCAAUGCCAGUAACGAAGCCAUUCAGCUUAUGACUGAAAUGUUGAACUGGGACCCAAAGAAACGACCAACAGCAAGCCAGGCUUUGAAACACCCAUAUUUUCAAGUUGGUCAAGUAUUAGGCCCUUCCUCACAUCAUUUGGAAUCGAAACAGCCUUUAAAUAAGCUUGUGCAACCACUCGAACCGAAGCCAUCUGCAGCGGACCCAGAACCUCAGCCUCUGCCGGACAUAAACGACCAGGCUGCCGGACCGCCCCAGCUGAAGAACAGCCACCAGCCGCUGCGGUCCAUCCAGCCGCCGCAGCACACGGGUGCCCAGCCAGCGCCCAAGCAGCGCGGUCAGCAGAAAAGGCCGCCAGCCCUCUUUCCAAGCGUCGUCAAAAGCAUGCCCACCAAGCCGUGCGGCGCCCUGGGCCACAAAGGCGCCCGGAGGCGCUGGGGCCAGGCCGUGUUCAAGGCUGGAGACGGCUGGGCAGACCUGGAGGAUGGUGACUUUGGAGCCUCCCAUUCCAAGAAGCCAGGCAUGGGCUUGUCCAAGGAAGCAAGGAGAAAGGAGUCUCCGUUUCGGCUUCCAGAGUCGGUGCCUGCGGGUUCCAGCUACUCACCGAGGGAAAACAAGAGCUUCCCUGCUGCUGUGACCCUGAAAUCGGAUUCGGAACUGUCAACUGCUUCCACGGCCAAACAGUACUAUUUGAAACAGUCAAGAUACCUUCCGGGUGUAAACCCCAAGGACGUGUCCCUGAUUGCCAGUGGGAAGGAUAUGAACCCAUAUGUCUGGAACAGCCAGUUGUUUCCUAAGUCCCUGGGACCCUUGGGGGCAGAGCUUGCUUUCAGAAGGAAUAACGCAGAAGAAAGCAUAAUCAAACCCAUUGAAAAGCUAUCAUGCAAUGAAAGCUUCCCUGAAAAAUUAGAGGACCCACAAGGAAAUCUUGGAAGUUAUGCUCCUUACAAUCAGGCAGGAUAUAUUCCUUCCUUUCUCAAAAAAGAAGUGGGGUCAGCUGGCCAGAGGAUACACUUCGCACCUCUUGGUGCGACAGCUUCAGAAUAUUCCUGGAGCACCAAAACUGGUCGGGGGCAGUUUUCAGGACCUACUUAUAAUCCUACAGCCAAGAAUCUAAACAUUGUGACCCGUGCACAGCCAGUGCCCUCCGUGCACGGGAGGACAGACUGGGCAGCCAAGUACGGAGGCCGCCGGUAG